CCUGCUCAGUUCUUAAGAGCUCUCUGUUUGCUCCUUUUUUGUUUCUGAAACAAUGACAUUCCAAAAGGCAUUUGCUUCUAUGCUUAUUGCAUCCUUUCUGCUCCUCCAUUUCGCUAAUGCCCAAAAGGUUGACUACAGCAAGCCACCAUCACCAGCCCCUCAAGCUCCACAGCCACUAGAUUGUACAGGAUCUUGUAAAACGAGGUGCCUCGAAUCAUCUCGGCCAAAUCUAUGCAACAGAGCAUGUGGAAGUUGCUGCCGUACCUGCCACUGCGUGCCACCAGGGACUUCCGGAAAUUAUGAAGCAUGCCCUUGCUAUUUCAACCUUACCACUCAUAACAACACCCGCAAAUGUCCUUAAUUAAUAGUAUGAUACAUCCGUUUUUUCCAUAAUUCCAAAAGUGUAACUUUAAACUUACGUACGUUGUGUCCGAACAAUUUAAGCAAGCGAACCUCUGUUCAUUUUGAGAUUCAAUAUAAUUCAAUGCUCCU